CAGACUUCCUGCUUCACCCACUGGUGUCCCCCUGCUGUUCUCUCCGCCUUCCAAGAGCCAUCCCUGCCCCAGCCCCUGACCAGGGAAGGGGCAGGAGCAGGUGGCAAACCCAGCCUCCAGCCUCCAUUGUCCUUGGACGUUGUCAUUGCCUCUUACACCCAUGAGCCUUUGAGGAAGACUGCUAUAGGAUGACUUUGGGACCAGGAUGGUGAUCUGAAAAUGCCCACUGAGCACAAACAGCAGCUCCCCGAGUUUCCAGAGUCUUUCCUCUCUUCUCGUGCCUCUUCCGUAGGAUGUUCACCAUGACCAGAGCUUUAGAAGAGACUCUACGCCAGCACUUCAUAUACCAGAAGCUGGAGAUUGCCUAUGCCAUACACAAGCCAUUUCCCUUCCUCGAAGGCCUCCGAGACAACUCCUUCAUCACUGAGACGAUGUACAGGGAAUCCAUGGAAGCCUACAGAAAUCAGGUCCCUGUACCCAGACUGGUGUACAAUAUCCUCAGCCACCUGGAGAAGAUGUUCAACCUGUCAUUUCUGCAGAUGCUGUUCAGCCGAAUUAACCUGCUUGAAUACCCCCACCUGACAAUGAUCCUCAAGAGCUUCAGAAGUGUUGUCAUUUCCUAUGGAGGAUGGAACAGAGCUAGGCCUACCCUCCUUGAAGUCCCAGCCAACUCAGCCGAAGGGAGCUCCCUCCAGACCCUGCUGUCGUUGCCCCCACCCCAACACCGAUCACAGAGCCUCUCGCCCCGUGAGCCCAGUGUCAGUGAGCCCAGCGCAUCCACCCGGCACAGCACUGAGAUCCGGACUGAAUCAUCCAGCCCUCCUGGCCCUGCCGUGGCCCUCCCCAGAACCACCCAGGAAGGAAGGAUCACUCCAGAAGACUCACAAGAGGGACCUGGCACUCCGCCUGCCUCUGUGCAAGAGAUAAGAGAUGGCUCUCCUGAACCAAAUGACCCCAAAGAGUUCCAGGCGGCAUCCAUCACACUUCCCAACAAGAAAGGCAAGAAAAGAAAAAGAUGUAUCUGGUCAACUCCAAAAAAGAGACGCCAGAAAAAAAGCCUCUCAAAAGGGAGAGCCUCACCUGAACACAGAAUCCAAAAAAAGCUCCGACUGAUGGAUCAGGCGACUGAAAGGAAGGACGAUUCAACCAGCAGCUCAGAGGUCAUGACGAGGGUUCAAAAGGCAACGAGUGGAUGUACCCAAACCUUUGGGCCAGACGAGAUCCGUGAUGACUGUUCAGAAAUGAACGGGGAAAAGGGACCCCGGGAGCCACCCAGCACACCACCAAGCAUCGUGCACGACCCCAACUUCAACUAUUCACAAAUCCCACUAGCAGCCUCGCCUGAACACAGAAUCUAAGAGAAGCUCCAAGUGGUGGAUCAGGUGACUGAAAGGAAGGACGAUUCAACCAGGAACUCAGAGGUCACAACAAGGGCCCAAAAGGCAAAGAUCUUCUGUGUUGACAGAUUAAAAGCAAAAGAAAAGAAAAGGAACAACGGUGUCAGCUCAAGUUCAACCAGAAGGUGUCAGAAAAAUAUUCCCCCAAAGGAAAAACCCGAAGACGACCCCGUGGAUUUUCACUCUCCUAAACUUCCCGUGACGUGUGGUGAAGCUAGAGGGAUUUUAUAUAAGGAGAGACUGAAACGAGGAUCCUCAGAGAAGUGCAUUCAGAAUGAGGAGGGAAUUUGGUUCACCCCAAAAGAAUUUGAAAUUGAAGGAAAACGGGCAACUUCAAGGAAAUGGAAACAGAGUGUGCAUUGCAGAGGAAAGACCUUAGAAGAGCUGCUGAAGAAAGGACUUUUGUUCUGUCCCCCAAGAGUAAAUGUCAAGAGAAAGGGGGAAACCUCCAAGGAAUGUGAGGUGUGCUGUAGAGGAGGACCACGGCUCUGCUGUGUCCCUUGUCCGAGAGCCUUUCGUGAAGACUCGCACCCGCCUGCAGAGGCUGAGAGGAACCUGUGGAGUUGCACCUUCUGCAGGAUGGAGUCUUCAGGAAGGCAGCAGUGUCACGGGAAAUCUGAGGUCCUGGAGGGGCUGCUACAGCCUGAGGAGCAGUUGAAAUGUGGGUUCCUCCUCUUGAAGGCCUACUGUCACCCACAAAGCUCCUUUUUUGCAGAAACCCCGCGUAAUAUAAGUCAUAUUUGCGAUUAUGGAGAGCCCUUUAAGGAAGCCGUGUGGUUGGACCUGGUUAAGGAAAGGUUGCCUGAGAAAGUAUAUACGGUGACGUGCUUUGUGCGGGACGCGCGCCUGAUCUGCCACAACCAUAAAAUGUUUUACAAGGCUUCUGACUUUGGUCAGAUAGGAUUGGACUUGGAGGCAGAAUUUGAAAAGGACCUCAAAGAGAUGUUUAUUUUUUGCAAAGCCAAUGAGAACAGCUUCCAGACUCUUUGACCCUGUUCUACAAAAACUAAGGCACCCCAACUUCAGGAUCCAGAUGAUGUGACCCUGGCCAUCUUUAGACAGCCAGUGAGUCUAGAAUGUUAUUGGCUGCCCUCUUGACUCAAAGCCAGAGCCUUGUACCAUCAUCACACCUGUCUUUUCUUUCUACACCUAAAAAUGUGUGUGUGUGUGUGUGUGUGUGUGUGUGUGUGUGUGUGAAAUACACUUCUCAUCCCCAUCUAAGGCCUCUUCCUUCUCAAUAUUUACAUCUCUCUUCUCCCACAGUAUAUAUACUCAUUUGUUCAACUAAAACAAUACUACAACAAUAGCUUCAGAAUUUCUACCCUCACAUCACUAUGAAAAAGAAACUAAACUGAAUUCUAAAGUUGUAUGCAAUUGAUUUUUGUGUGUAUAUAUAUAUAUAUAUAUAUAUUUCAAUAUCAUUGCAGAGAGUGUUUUUCAGAAUUUUUGUUCCUGUACUUAUGAAAGAGGUUGGUCCUCACACUUUUAUGUCCUGUCAUAAUCAGAUGUAGGGCCACCCCAGCUGGGUACGAUAAUCCCUAACAUCUUCUACCUUUUUAUAUGCUCUGGAAUAGUUUAUAAUGUUUUCAAAGAACCAGCUCAUAAAAUUAUAUAGCCCAUCAUUCUUUUGAGAAGUAAUAUUGACCAUGAUCUCUGCUUUUUCAUGGUCAUUCUACUAUUCAGGUAUUCUCUUGCUUUUGAAUCAGGUCCACUUUUAUAGUUUUCUAUGAAGUCAUUCAUGCAUGAGUUGUUUGUAGUUAGCCUUAUUUCUGCCAUAUCAUUUUAUUCCUUCUCUUUGGAAUACUUUCCCAUGAUUUUUGUCGACAUUUUCUUUGUCUUCACCUUCUACUCUGGAAGGCAUCUGUAACAGUUUUUAAUUCUCCCAAUAUUUACCUGCAAGUUUUGUGAAUGUAUUUUUAACUUAUUUUUUAAAUGUCAGAGCCAAGGGGCACCUGGGUCGCUCAGUGAGCUGAGCAUCUGACUCUUGAUUUCCGCUCAGGUCAUGAUCCUAGGGUGGUGGGAUCAAGCCCCAUGUUGCACUCUGCACUGACACUGAAGGGCCUGCUUGGGAUUCUCUCUCUCUUCCCCCCCCACCACUUCUAAAAAUAAAUAAAUAAAUAAGUAAACUUAAAAAAAUAAAAAAUAGGGGUACUUGGGUGGCUCAGUCAGUUGGGCAUCUGACUUCAGCUCAGGUCAUGAUCUCACGGUUCAUGAAUUCAAGCCCCACAUCGGGCUCUGUGUUGACAGCUCAGAGCCUGGAGCCUGCUUUGAGUUCUGUGUCUCCCUCUCUCUCUGCCCCUCCCUUGCUCACUCUCGUGUCUCUGUCUCUGUCUCUGUCUCUCUCUCUCUCUCAAAAAUAGAUAAAAAAUAAAAUAAAUAAAAUAAAAAACAAAAUAAAAUAUCUUUAAUGAGCCACACAUUUAGGCCAAAGUAAUUUUCACCUUUUGUACCUCUCAGUCCCCUUAUUCCAGUCUAUUCACUGUUUUACAAUGUAGCUCUUUAUGAUAAUUAGUAAAUGUUCACUUUUACUCUAUAUUAAUUAUUUUAAUUUUAUUCAAUUAUAUAUGUCAUUACUUUGUUAUUUUUACAUUGCAUAAAUCAUUUGUUAUGUCAAAUAUACACCAGAAUUGAAAAGCAAAAGUUAAAAAUGUGUGUAAUACAAUCACCCAUGUUCGUGAGAGCAAUAUUAAUGGUGUGAAUUAAAGUCUUUUUUU